AUGUCUGAAGCAACUCCUCCCAAGGGAAUUGAGGCAUGGAAAGUCUGGUCAAAGCAGCAAAUCCAUUCGGCAUUCUUCUUGAUAGAGCCGGAUGUGUGUAAUACAUACAGAUUCGACGAAGAGCUGGGGGUAUACUUGGGCUUCGCCGGCAAAGAGGUAAUCAAGCAGCUCGAGAACGUUACGUGGGACGACGAAGCGCAAGCACCCGCGGACAAGACGAAGCAGCAGGUUUACAUUUCCAUGGUCCGUGGCCCGCAGCGCAUCCAGCCGCAUUGCGUCCCUUUCGCUCCUGAUCUUGAGGCUCUGAGGAUCAUCAAUAACCUGAGACUCCCUGACGAUAUCGUCGACUCACUCACUCAAGCCGUCAAAUUUGGUGUCGGCAAUGACGUCGAAGACUUUGGAUCCGCACUCAGCUUCGACAGUCCCGCCUCUGACACUGGCUACGGAAGUGACCGAUUCCAUCACAGAUUCCAUUACUAUGAAACCCCCUGGAACGAACGGAGGUCCCAGGGAACUCCCGCUCUAUCCAACCGCCAUGAUGACUACGGCUUCCUCGUCAAAAUCUACUACGAAGGUGACACCGAAGAAAGGUCAGAAAACUGGCCCAAAGACGCUCCUCGGUUGGAAGAGAUGGGCAAGGAAGAAUAA